AUGGAUGAUGGCUAUGCUGGUCCCUACAGAAUGCAAACAAAAGGUAGAUGGGUUGGUGGCAGCAGCGGGCACUUCGCUGGGAGACACUUUGGCUCCUUGGAUGGGGCGAGCCCUCAUUAUGUGUAUUUUGGUGAUGGGAUGACAAUGGAGGUGUGGGAGACGGCUGCGGGCGGCGGGGGUCUUGGUGGCGGUGUUGGUGGCGGUGUUGGUGGCGGCUGUAUUGGUGGCAGUGUUGGUGGCGGUGUUGGUGAUGGUGUUGGCGGUGUUGGCGGCGUUGGGGCAGGAGGACGCUGCCCGGCCCCGCUGACCGCCGCUCCCCGCUCUCUCUCCGCAGGGGAGCCCCGGGCGCGCCCCGCCGGCCCCAGCUCGGGGCGGGAGGGCGGCCGGCGCAAGCGAACCACCUUCAGCAAGGCGCAGCUGGAGCUGCUGGUCCGCGCCUUCGAGAAGGAGCCGUACCCCGGCAUCGCCCUGCGGGAGCAGCUCUCCAGCCUCACCGACAUCCCCGAGUCCCGGAUCCAGGUGUGGUUCCAGAACCGGAGGGCCCGGCAGCUAAACCCCAAGAAGAGCGAAGCCGCCGCUCACGCCAGGCCGGGCAAGCCGAAGCCGCCGCGGUGCGCUGGCCAGGAGCGGCCCCGGGCGCAGCAGGGCCCGGCGGCAGAGAGGAGCUGUCUGUGCCCGCAGCCGGGCCUGCCAGGAGGGAGCCAGAGCUUCGGCGGCCAGCCGCCCUUCUACUCGGGGCAGCUGUACUCAAGGCUCGACAUGCAUUUCAGGAGCUUGGAUAACGCUUUUGGAGCGCUGGGUCAGACCCCAGCGGACUUCGGUUUGGACUGUUCGGGAAGAGGGGUCCCACUAGGUGCGGGAAGCGCGGGGAGUGCCCCUCCGUUCUCGCUCCCUGUGCAGCAGGCACAGGAGUACCCGCACCUGAAGAAAUCCUUCCCUGAAAGCUUCUACUCAGAUGCAGAUGUUUUCCAGCCUUGUACAGAUCACCAGUACCCAGCAGCUAAAGAGAACACGUACAGGAAGCCUGUCUUAAACUACUUCAGUGCUAACCAGGGCCUGGGUGUUGAGAACUGUUUGUAUGCCAAGUCAAGCACUUCUCCCUUUGGGAAGUGUUCCACUUUCAGUUUUGAUGGGGGGGAACCUAAGCUUGAGCCCGAGCAGAUGAGGCACAGUUCACCUCUGCUUGCAGCUAGCAAUGCUAGUCCUCCUUUGGUACUUCCAAAGCAUGAAGGGGGAUAUCAAAGAACACUUCCCACUCCAGCCCCAUUGUAUGAGCAGCAGCUGCUGGAGACAGAAAAUGACUAUGACCCUCACUGGCUGGGCAUGAGAAAUGACAUUUUGGGAAUAGGGUUAGAUUUGCUGUUUGAGAAUGAGCAAAAUGCGGAACAAGGUCAGACGAAAAGUUACCUUUCUGCUUUUGGUGGCCAGAAUUCAGUCUGUCAUUUGGGUCAGACAUGAAACUGGCAGUGGGUCCACUUGCCUUUUUCUCGGUUGUCAGUGUUGUCUGCAGUGGCUAGAGGUUUUGCAGGUCUAAGUGCAGAUGCUUGCUCUGAAUUUUGGGCCCUGUAUGGAAGGGAGAGAAAGAUAAGCCAUGUUAGCAAGGACUACCUGCUGCAUCUGAGCUGCCUCCCCACCCCAAGCCAUCUUUCAGCAGCUGCUUGCAGGAUUCCUCCAAGCGUUUGGUUAUGGGCAGCCUAACAUUAACCUGCGUGCACAGACUGAUCUUCACAAGUAUGUCAGUACUGAGGAGUUCUCUGUGUUCAGGCUGUGCUGGUUAAUUCUGCCAGGAGGCUUAGCACUAUGGUGGUGUUUCUGUGGCCUUACUGUACUGAGUUUGGUUUCUAUUCUGGUCAUAAUUCACUUAUUUUAACUUAAGGAAUCUUAGAUAACAGACAUUUAGAGCUUUUAGUUGAGAAAGCAUUAACACAAGAGGUGUACAAGCAUGGGAAAAGCAGCCUUGGUGGUGGCAGGGGACAUCUCACUGGGUGUGUUUGCAUUUUAGGUCUGUUCCUCAUAUAGAACAUGAAUGGUCUUUUCCUGGGUACCUAAUAUAUAGUGUUUUCAUUCAAAAAUGACCAUGGUCUUUUAAAAGGCAAUAAUUUUGUGAUUUUCUUUUGGGUAAUUUGUUUGUAAAUUGUCUUUUUUUUUUUUUUUUUUUUUAAAUUGUGACUUGUCUAGUUGCCAAAUUAAGGUUUUUUACCUUAAUGAAAUUGUAGAAUGGCACUCAGAGGAGAGAAAAAUGUAUUUCAUCUUUGCAUUUGCACAUUGAGCCUGUUUUUAGAAUACUCAGGAUCCAUGAGACCAUGGUAAUCAUGGAAAGGUUCUCCAUGUGUACCUCUUGAGAACUGCCAUGGGUGUGUGUUAAAGCAAGUAUUAGGCCUAGGAUGCUGAAAACUUUACAUGCAGAUCUAUUUUUGUGUUUAAAAUGUGGCUCUGGAAUAUUUUAAAGUAUGCUUAGAUUGUAAUACAUUUGUUAUUAACUCAGUUAUUUUGUUUAUAGAACAAGAGAAACAAUGAGAAUAAAACCUAACCACAGACCAUUAUUUUAUUAAUAAAAUUUAUGUUCCUGAA